CACUUUCAGUUGAGCAAUUUUCGCACCUUCUAGUAUAUUUAUUACACAUAUAAAGCUAUAAAUAUCUAAAUAACCAUGUUAUACAUUCCAGAGAUUUUUUUUUACACCGUAUGACACUUUAAUGUCCGCGUAGUCGCUUAAAAUAUUUUGCCUCAGUUAGCCUUGCGCUAGCGCUGCAAGCGCGGCCUACUGCAGCCUCGGGUUUUCCUGAUAACUUAGUCCGCAGCGGGAAAUAAGACACCCGGGAGUGCGCGCGUUUGUAGUCCUGUCUUUCAAAUGCGCAGUACUCCACAUUAGAAAGGGAUGAUUUAGGUAAUGUAUUUAAAAAUACUGUUACUAUUUUGCUUGUUAAGAAAUGUGUAUAAAUUAGUAUUAUGUAAACAAACAGCUGCGGCUUAUAUAACAUGGUUAUGCUCUAUAACUGGAGAAAAGCAUACCACGUACUUCGUUUUGUUAUUCGUCAUAUCGUUUGUCAAUAUUAUUAUCUGUCACGCUGAAUCCUGACGUGUCAGAAGACCUCGAGCGUAAAUCUCGUAACGUUACGUAGAACAACAAUAUUCUUACACGUCGAUCUGUUAUCACGUUACCUCUGGUGGAAGAAAAAAAAAACACAUUUGAAAUUCCAGGUUUAAAUUCGGUUAAUUCACCAAACUUGAGACUGUUGUUGUGUUUUGUGUGUUAAAUGAACAGUUACUGUUUGUUGACCAUAGAGCAGAGAUAUAAACAUGGCACUGUCCUUUACUCGAAGGAUAUCCAUGCAUCCGUAGCACUGACGUUAGUAAUGAACAACUUUUGGUCUUCUUGCAUUAAUUUAUAAUAAUAAACAGAGGCGUUAAUAAUCCAGGAGGGUCAUCGCUUUGGUCCAAACACUGUUAUUUCACCUGUCUCUGGGCUGAUAAGCUGCAGCCCAAGUGCUUAGCCAGCAGUGGGCGGGUGUAGUGAGACGGGACAUGCCCGGGCAUGAUCACAGAGAGCCAGACAAAUCAACAAAGAGCGUCUACUACCGCUAGGCGUCUGAAGCCAGUCACGCUGACAUGUCAUGCUAGAUCCCUCCCUGGACAUGAUGAUCGGUGCGGUGGAUUCUAGCCCUGACAUGUCUCUGUGCGUCUGUUUAAAACAGAGACCGGCUCUCGUCUCAACCGGCUCCCACUCCACACUAACCCAGAGCUCAGGCACUUUAUGUACAGGUAGCAGAGUAUAUAUAGAAGAUUUUUAGCUAGAAUAGCCAAUUUACCUCCAUUUGCACAGAUGACUACCAAAAUGGGAACAGAAAGUUGUUUAAGCAGUUCUCAGAUCAACAAGGUUGACAACGAAAAACUGGUAAGACCAAAAGCGCAGCUGAAAAGCCUGUUAGAGGAUGCAGGUGCAGAUAAAGAGGUUUUCACCAUGAAGGAGGUUAUGUUUUAUUUAGGGAAGUAUAUCAUGAGCAAGGAGUUGUACGACAAGCAGCAGCAACACAUUGUUCACUGUGGAGAGGAUCCUCUUGGUGCUGUUCUCGGGGUGAACAGCUUCUCCGUCAAAGAGCCCCGAGCUCUCUUUGCAUUGAUUAACAGAAACCUUAUUACAGUUAAAAAUCCAGAUACUCAUUCCACCUUCUCUGAACCCAGAAGUCUAAGUGAACCAGAUCGAGGGCCCGGGGACACUGAUUCAGACUCUCGCUCAUCUACCUCACAGCAGCAGCGCAGGAGGAGGAGAAGCAGUGAUCCUGAGAGUACUUCAGCUGAAGACGAGCCCAGGGAACGCAGAAAGAGGCACAAGUCCGACAGCUUCUCCCUGACAUUUGAUGACAGCCUGUCUUGGUGUGUGAUUGGCGGCCUGCACCGGGAGAGGGGGAACAGUGAGUCUUCGGACGCACAAAGCAACUCUGAUGUAGGUAUCACUCACAGUGAGGGCAGUGAUGAAAGUGUGGACUCUGACUCUGAUAACUUCAGUGUGGAGUUUGAGGUGGAGUCUGUAGACUCUGACGCCUACAGUGAGAACGAUGAGGAUUCAUUGCCAGGAGAGAACGAGGUGUAUGAAGUCACAAUCUUUGCUGAGGAGGAAGAUUCGUUUGAUGAGGAUACCGAGAUAACCGAGGCAGACUACUGGAAGUGUGCCGGAUGUAACGAGCUCAACCCUCCUCUUCCUCGGAAUUGCAAAAGCUGCUGGAAAGUCCGACCUGGUUGGCUUCCAGAAACAUACUCCAGCAGUGAAAACACCUCCACUAACAAUCAACCCAGCACAGAAGACGCCAGCAUCCCCACAACUCCCAGCUCAGUCUCAGAUGACAAACUGCUCCCUACCAAACCCUCAAGCCCUCUUCCAGAAACAGACGAAGGAGUGGACAUGCCCGACGGCAAGUGCUCGCAAUCUCCCGGCGUCGCUAAAGACGAAUUAAUCUCUUCCACUGCCUCCGGCUCCCUAACCGAAUCUCAGACCUCGUCAUCGCAGCCCUCAACCUCUUCUGGUGGGGGCAGCAGCCAGGAAGAGACCCCCGAGCUAGAGCGCUACAACAGCCUGGAGGCCUGCCUGCCCGCCACCUGCCUUGAGCCCUGCGUCAUCUGUCAAAGUCGCCCCAAGAAUGGCUGCAUUGUCCACGGAAGAACUGGACACCUUAUGGCUUGCUACACUUGCGCCAAGAAAUUAAAGAACCGGAACAAGUUGUGUCCGGUGUGCCGAGAGCCCAUUCAGUCAGUCGUGUUGACCUACAUGAGCUGAGGCACAACAGAUAUACCUCCUCUCCUCUCACAUGAAGUUCAGGGUGCUGAUGUUGCCUGAUCUUAUAGUUCUAAAACCUAUGAGUUCAAAUUCAAUAUAUGUAAUAUGUUUCUUAUUGAUGAAUAAAUUAUUUAUGACUCAAGCGAGGUUUUCGCUCACAUGCUGGGUAGCAAAUUCACAGAUCUGUGUUUUAAGGGUUGAGUUUAAGUGCUUGGAAUUAAAACUACUUAAGGGCUUGCAGAUUCUGUAUACAUUGUAUCAAUUACUAGAAAUGUUUUUAUUAAUUUAAUUUAUGUACAUGCAGAUGUAUAGGUUUCAUGUUAAUUUGCCGCACUGAAAUGUGUUUCUGAGUUGUAGCUCUUGAGACACCCCUUUAAUUUUGUUCCUCCUCUGGAAGGAAAUGCUCUUCUGCAAAGUUUUCUGCUGCAGUGACUCAAGUCUUAUUUUUUUAGUGAGGCAUAAUAAAAGAUUAUUUUGAGGCUCUUCUGCUUUUACAGUACAAGUCAAA